UACUGAAAACCUCGCAAAGAAUGUGAUCACGUGAGCAACACGAGUGUACUGCGCAUGUCACAACAACCAUAUAUAGGAGAGGUUUUGAAGGAAGAGAGAUACAUACCAGAGAAAACGCCUGACUGAGUUUGUCUCCCUGACUGUGAUAUCGGGGUCUGCUGCUCGGCAGUUGACGACAGACACGAUGUUAAGCAGCAUGAUGAUCACGAUGAGGUGAACUAAAAGGUGUCACGUGAUUAUAAAAACACUUGUUUUCCUCAUAGUCAAAGAGUUAGUCGGAGUUGCCGUGUAUCUCCACCAUAGAACUAACGGUCAAGUCACGUGACGUACACUGGAGAAAGAGGGUGACAUGCAGGUGGUCAUUACAGGGCAGCGAGCACAAUGAGUGUCACUCAUCUAGUGAGGCGGGCUGCACGUCCUGUGGUCAUAGUUAUCUUCAUCCAAACCCUCCAUCUCUUGUCUAAGGCGCAGCAUUUAGAAGACAACAGUAUAACAUGUGACAUUCCUGCGGUGGAGCCAUUGGCUAAUACUUCUGUCACGUGUCACUUCCCUUUGAAUGUCAGUCACAGUCAAAGGAUCGUCGUCGUUUCUUUCUACGAAGGCAGGAUUAGCAGAGAAGAAAGCAACAUUUUGGACUGCUAUUGGCUGUGGGGAAACAUGGAUUGUGACAUCUCGUCAGGACACACGUUUAAUAGAAUGAUAUCUAACGAACUCACACUGGAGAUACCACGAGUUUCUACAAAAGACAUUGGACGAUACGCCUGCAAGCUUUCCAACAUGAAUCCAAAAGAUAUUAAACCCUGUGAACUGAAGAUAAAGCUAGUGGGGAAGACGAUGUGUGACGUGCCCCCAGUCCCACUCAGCUCACGAGCAUCACUCACGUGCUACUUCCCUGAAGACCUCAGCAAGACCAGAGCGAACUUUAGAGUCCACCAUGGCGCCAACUGUAGUGAUCCAGCAUGUGCAGUUGUAACAUGCGAGUGGGGAGACAAUCUUGUCUGUAGCAUACAACGCGGCUACCACUUUGACCUAACUGUGACAAGUCACCUGAUUGUGGGGAUCCCUACCGCCCAGGAGGAACAAGAAGGAUCCUACAGCUGUUACUUUACUAGUAGCACACCUGUCCGCUAUGAACAUUGCUCUCUUACUCUUGUCACAGUGACCUCCUCCUGUAAUAUUUCACGUGUGACGGAGACGGAACCUGCAUCUCUGACAUGCACAUUCAAUGUUGAUGUUAAUGAGACGAGAAACAACUUCUCACUGGUCCGAUUUGGUGGCGGUGACAGUAAAGGUGUCGACAUUGUCACCUGCACCUGGCUAAAGGACCAGCUGAAGUGCACCACAGCCACGGGGUACGAGGUCAACAACCUUGUCACAGAUCACCUCGUCAUCAGAGUACCGCGAGCGUCACGUGACCACACCGGCACAUACGCUUGUCACGUGAAUGGCUCUAAAGCGAGUGGCUUUCAGUCCUGUGAAUUUAUCCUAAAACCAGUGACCUCCUUCUGUAACAUUUCAAGUAUCAAAGAGACUGAACCUGCAUCACUCACCUGCACAUUCAACGUUGAUGUCAAUGCCACAAAAAGCAACUUGUCACUGGUCCGCCUCGGUGGCGAUGAAAGUAAAGGUGUCGACAUUGUCACCUGCACCUGGCUAAAGGACCAGCUGAAGUGCACCACAGCCCCGGGGUACGAGGUCAACAACCUUGUCACAGAUCGCCUCGUCAUCAGAGUACCGCGAGCGUCACGUGACCACACCGGCACAUACGCUUGUCACGUGACAGACUCUAAAGCGAGUGGCUUUCAGCGCUGUGAAUUUAUCCUAAAACCAGUGACCUCCUUCUGUAACAUUUCAAGUAUCAAAGAGACGAAACCUGCAUCACUCACCUGUACAUUCAACGUUGAUGUCAAUGCCACAAAAAGCAACUUGUCACUGGUCCGCCUCGGUGGCGAUGAAAGUAAAGGUGUCGACAUUGUCACCUGCACCUGGCUACAGGACCAGCUGAAGUGCACCACAGCCCCGGGGUACGAGGUCAACAACCUUGUCACAGAUCGCCUCGUCAUCAGAGUACCGCGAGCGUCACGUGACCACACCGGCACAUACGCUUGUCACGUGACAGGCUCUAGCGUGGACGGCUUUAAGUCCUGUGACUUUAUCCUGAUACCAGAUGUACCUGCCGUAGUUCUGACUGUAGCCAUCGCUGUACUCGUGUUCAUCCCUGUGUCGUUAGUCAUCAUCUUCCUGGUUUUCAAAUGUAAACCAAGGAAAGAUGUGGCGACAAAAGAACAAAUACCACUGAUGCAAGUCUUAUCAAGGGAAGAGUUGGAAAGCCGCGCAAAAAAGGAAGAGGAAUUCUGGGAGCAGUGGGUUGAGGCGGCAUUCCCUGAUCUGGACUCUAGUGUCUACUUCCUGCCUCCUGUACACGUCAGCCGCGUGCCGACGACACAAGAGUCUGUUGCUGGUCAGAAAGUUCUCGUCCUUCAGUCAUCUCGACAGGUAGAUGAGUCCAACCAGAUGGCGACAAGUGCAGUUCAGGACAGUGAUGUCCGACAUGAUGCAGCCAUGCAAAGAAUCCUUCUAUGUCUGGAGAGAAUGUUUAAAGAGAACAAAGAAGUGGUGGUUGGAGUGAGUCAGCUCCUGUUUGACGACUACCUGCGUGAUUCUCGUUAUGUUGACGUGGCAAGAAGACUUCCCCUACCCACCAGACACGACCCUGAUCUGCGACAGGAAUCCAAACCAGGGGACAUCGAUGUACUUCUUAUUCAUCGACAGUACGGUCUUGUCAUCUGUAAAGCUUUUGGUAGCAACGUAAAUAAACACAAUGUAUCGGAAAAGGAACGAACAGAGAAAACUCACACAGAGAUUAAAAACAAUCUUCAGGAGGCCAUCCAACAGCUGGACAGGGCGGGGGUCACGGUGUCAUACUUGGCUAAUGACGUCACUCCCAGUCUACGUGUCACUAAGACGAUCGCACUCCCUAACUUGACGGUUAGUCAGCUACAACAGGUGCUCGACAAUGACCCCGAGCUGACUCAGGAAUUGUGUCGGUGUCUGGGACCAAGCGACCCCACCGACAUCACCAGUCUGUGUCUGUGCUGUGAUCAGUUUUCUGACCCCGGGAACCCGUGUGACGUCAGUAGUCACGUGUUAAAGAAACUCGGAGAAUGGUGGACACGAUGUGUGGCUGUGUCUGGGCCUGACAGUCACAUGACACGUGAGGUGUACAGGACACUAGUAGCACGGUAAGAUACACUGUGUACAAUGAGUAUCACAACAUAAACUAACACUGUACGAGUGUUGACGUGUAAAUAACAUUUGAUAUCAAAUGCACGUGUGGUGACAGUCAGUGGCAGACUGACAUUGAUGUUGAGAUGACAAGAUGUCAGGUCUACUGUCAUCACAUCCUCCCACAACCUCCUCCAUCUCACCUUCAUCGUCACUAAACACUCUUGAGCUUUGAGCCACUCACCCGCUGUUUAUGUUGUUUAUUUAUUAAGUAGCUGUUGCUGUGUACACAUUGUAAAUAAACAUCUUUAUAAGACACAA